UUGAUUUCAACAAUCAAUCAAAUUUCCCCAAAUUACUCUCUCUCUCUACUUUCUCUCUCUAACUUUGCGCCACUGAGUCGACUCGCUGCCAUGGCAUCGGCGAUCCCCGACAACCUGACCAGGGAGCAGUACGUAUACCUCGCCAAGCUCGCCGAGCAGGCGGAGCGAUACGAGGAGAUGGUCCAGUUCAUGCAGAAGCUGGUGCUCGGGUCGACCCCGGCCGGCGAGCUCACGGUCGAGGAGCGGAACCUCCUCUCCGUGGCCUACAAGAACGUGAUCGGCUCCCUCCGGGCCGCCUGGCGCAUCGUCUCCUCCAUCGAGCAGAAGGAGGAGGGCCGGAAGAACGAGGAGCACGUCGUGCUCGUCAAGGAGUACAGAUCCAAGGUCGAGAACGAGCUCUCGGAGAUCUGCGCCAGCAUCCUCAGCCUCCUCGACUCGAAUCUGAUCCCCUCAGCCACCGCCGGCGAGUCCAAGGUCUUCUACUUGAAGAUGAAGGGUGACUACCACCGUUACCUGGCCGAGUUUAAGAUCGGAGACGAGAGGAAGGCCGCUGCCGAGGAUACUAUGCUCGCCUACAAGGCCGCUCAGGACAUUGCUAUGGCUGAUCUGGCUCCAACACACCCGAUAAGGCUUGGGCUGGCACUCAACUUCUCGGUCUUCUACUAUGAGAUACUCAACCAGUCCGACAAAGCAUGCAGCAUGGCCAAACAGGCAUUCGAGGAAGCCAUUGCAGAGCUGGACACUCUCGGGGAAGAAUCCUACAAGGACAGCACUCUCAUCAUGCAGCUUCUCAGGGACAACCUCACCCUCUGGACUUCUGACGUCCAGGACCAAUUAGACGAGUCCUAGAGAAGGUUUGGAGCUCUGACCCGGAAUCUUAGAAAGUUUCUCCUGGAGGAGGUGGGCUGUGAAUGUCAUUUAUCUUAUAUGCUGAUGAUUAAGAAGUGUGCUUUUGGUGGUGACCUGGUGUUCUUAUAUUUAGAGAUCAAAUCUUCUUCUUCUACUUCUACUUGGAAUUCUCUAUGGAUUUGGAUACCGUAGCUCCCUUGGUAUUGUUAACUAGUCUCGAAAUUUCUCCAUGCGAUUGAUUCUUAGUACUCGUUCUAUCAAAAACCAAUCGAGAAAAGAAUUGGUUUGUAGGUUUGUUGGGAGUGUGAAUCAAGCGACCAGUAUAAGUUUUCUGCUGUUUUAGAUAAAGAAAUUGCCUUCA